UGGUGUUACUUAUUUGAAAGUCAGCGAAGGUAUCUGUUUUUGUGCAGAAGACUGUAGUAACACUUUAACUCCCCGAGUCCCUUAACAGUAAUAUUUGUGGGACUGAAGUCUGAGUUGGAGGACCAUGAAGUUGGAGACACUAGAAAGCUUUGAAGACGUUGCUGUCAGGUUUUCAAGAGAGGAGUGGAAGAUGCUAAGUAAACAACAGAAAGAGCUGCACAAGGAGGUGAUGGUACAGAACUAUGAGACCAUGAUUUCUGUAGGGUAUAAGAUCCCAGCGGAACAUCUUUGGUUACUUAUUAAUAAAGAUGAAACAGUCCAGACUGAUGACAAUGAAAGUGGAACAGUGUUGCAGAAAAGUCAGCUUCUUGACAGCAACGUCACCUUCAGUAGGAAUCCAGAUUUCCCUGAUAUCCAGAGUCUGCAGCCAUCCCACGGGAAACGCCAGGAUUCUGAAUAUGGCAAAGCUCUGUCAAACAAGAUCACAUGGCAACACCUGAUACAGUCUGAAACCAGACAACUUAAAUGUUUGGAAAAUAAUAAAAUGAUUAUCAAGAAAAGUGAACUAGGAAUGUAUCUGGAAACUUGUGCAAGAGAAAGGCAGUGCAAAUGGCUUAAUAAUAACAAUGUGCCACUUCUUGAAAAUAACAGCUCAACUGCACGUGUUACUGACAGUGAGAAAAGGCAAAAGCAUUCCUUGGCAACGGAUGAGAAAAUGUCUACCAGUGAGAAACUUUAUGAAUGUACUACAUGUGGUGUAAGUUUUACAUGUGAAGAAAUAUUAGCACUGCAUAAAAUUAGUCAUAUUGGAUAUAGUCAGAGUGUCCAUAUGGAGCAGAAACGCUAUAAAUGCACAUCGUGUGGUAAGAAGUUUACAGCAACAAGUACGGUGUUACUCCAUCAAUGUAGCCGCACUGGGGAAAAACCAUAUAAAUGCACAUUGUGUGAUAAGAGUUUUAGAGUGAAGCAAAACAUGAUACUGCAUCAGCAUAUCCACACUGGGCAAAAACCAUAUAAAUGCACAUUGUGUGAUAAGAGUUUUACAGGGAAGAAAAACAUGGUACUGCAUCAGCGUAUCCACACUGGGCAAAAACCAUAUAAAUGUACAUUGUGUGAUAAGAAUUUUACAGCGAAGAGUACGGUGUUACUCCAUCAAUAUACCCAUACUGGGCAGAAACCAUACAAAUGUACCACAUGUGACAAGAGUUUUAGACACAAAGCCUCUUUGCUAAAUCACCAGACCAUUCACACUGGGCAGAAACCUUAUAAAUGCAAUAUGUGUGACAAGAGUUUCAGAUGCAGAAGGUAUUGGCGCAUUCAUCAAAGGACCCACAGUGGGCAGAAGCCCUAUAAAUGCAGUGUGUGUGACAAGAGUUUUAGAUGCAAAAGCACUGUCCUAAAUCACCAGAGCAAGCACAGUAGACAGAAGACUUGUGUAAAAUCUUCUAAGGAUGACAGAGAUCCUGACACAUUGCUCGCCUCUGAUCUAAAAGAUCCUACGGUGACAACAGAAGAUGACAGUCCACAAAAAGUAAAAAAAUUGGCAAGGAAGGCAAGAGGCUUGAAAAAAGUGACUUGGACUCACGAGGACAAAAAAGAAAUCAUGUUUUGCUAUUUUUAUGCAACACACCCAGAGUUUCCCAAAAGGGGUUACACUGCAAGAAUAAGGGAAAAAAUAGAAAGUAGAAAAAUUACUGAAGUAGAGAAAAUGUCAAACAUUUCAGACAAAAAUCUAAGAUACAUAAUUCAGCAAAUGAAAGCAAAACAAUGUGUGGACAAGAAACUACUGAGUGAAUUAGAAGAAGAUGCUAAGAUGGAAGUAUUAAGAGAAAGAGAAGAAAGACUGCACAUAUCUGCAACCUUAAAGAGACAGAAAUGGAAUCGAGAGAUGCAGCGAGACCUAAUGUGGUGCAGGUCAUAUGCAGAAAAGAAAUCAAUUCUAACUAAUCGCUCUAAAACAAAAUUAAAAAUAUUUGACAAUAUAUACAGACAAAGACACCCAGACAUGGCAAAUGUUACAAAGAAGACACUAGUAGCACAGAAGUGCUAUAUAUUGAAAACUAAGCAGUUUAAUGAUAUAGAAAAGAGACAAAUUGAAUGUGAAGUGAUAGAUCAUCUAAGAACUGAAGGAUAUGAAUGGGAAUCCCAGACAGAAAUGCUAUCUCAGAAUGGUAAUAUAGUAAAACAAAUACAGGAUGAAGAAGUGACACAGCAGGUAGAACCAUGUGUCUGUAAAGAAAAUGGUUUGUUAAUUUAGUUAACCAUUGAUAGUAAAGAUGUUUCACAGAACAGAAUCUCAGGAAUUUAACCAAUUACUCAAAAAAACAAAACAUCUAUAUGCUGAGUCAGAAACAGCAACAAACACAAACUUAAGAAGAAACACUUGUAUUGUAGUGGUUAUCACAUCUGCUUCACAGGCAGAAGGUCCUGGGUUCGAUCCCCAGUGGAAUCAUUAUGGAGGUAGGGUUGGCAUAAUGGUUAAGGUGUUUACCUCGCAGAGACAACAUAUAGGGUUUGAGUCUCGCCUGUGGGAAAUUAGCUAGUUUUAAAAUGGUCCAGAAGGGGUUAGCUAACCUUGGUACUUUCUUAUGAACCUUAUGACGAAUAAUUUAAGGGAAGAGCCACUGGACAUAAUAGAAAUGGAUAAAUAUAACAAUACAUAUGAGAGAGCGGGGGAUACUAAAAGUGAAUACAACACAAAUCGUUAAAAAAUCCAUGAACCAAAUCAAUACAGUAAUUUAAACUAAAAGGAGAGAUCCACAUGGUAUGACAGAAAUCAACAGAAUACAUUACUGUGUAUUAACAAGAAAACAUGAACUAGUAAAGGAAAAUAAAAGAACAAAUAGGUCGCCACCAUGGAAACGCCAGUUAGAAAGAACUGUUGAAACAGUUAAAAAGAAGUAGCUUAGAAUGUAAAAAGGAAACCGGUGCAAAAAGAUGAGAAAAGUGAAUGAGGUAUAACAAACGCAGAGCAGCAAAACCGAUCAAGAUAUGAGCUGUACCAUUUCUAACAAUACUUUAAAAAAUUUGCAAAGCCAAAAAAAAAAAAUAAAACAAAGGCGUUAAGCACUGGAAAAUAAGUGUGGAGAAAGUCUAUUUAAUGAGGGCUCCUCCUUGUUGGUCAUUAUUCCCUCUGCUGCAUAUAUAUAAGCUGUAUGGCUUGUUUCACUGCCUAGGCGACAACUACCAGACAGCUUCACAAAGCUCCUGCUGCCCCACACCUUCGCUCUGAAUGCUGAUUGGCUAAUCCAGAGGAGGGAAUUCAGCAGUCAGAGUGAAGGUUUUUGUCAGUGUUUUCUUGCUGUCUCAAGGAGAAGCAUCUCUGGAACUUCACAAGAGCAGCAGUCAACGUGGAGGUUUGUUUGUGGCAGUUAAGUCCCCAUUGGGAAUCUCUCCACACAAAAAUUAUUGCCCUUUUAAGAAAAUAAAAUCGAUUUCCUCAAUAUUGGAGUCCCCCAAGUUUCUUUCUUAGGCCCCCUUCUAGUCGAUGUCUUUAAUGACCUCACUUCUGACCUACCACUCUUGCCAUUGGCAUGUAGAUACUGUAUUGUUGAUUGAAUCUAAUAAAGCACAUUCAGUUCUGCAAACAAAUGUACAAAAGUUUCACUAAUUUUGGCCAGUGAUCCCCCUCCAUCAGACUACCAAACCCCCCAAAACGAUUCUCAUGCUUUUUUCUACAACACAGAAAUUAGCAAACAAACACCUCUCAUGAAAGGCGAACAGAGUAAUAUCCCUGAUGUCCCUAAAUAUCAAUACCUGGGUCUCACUCUAAAUAAUUUAAUAUUCGUUACCCAUACUGACAAUAUAACUAUGAUUUUACUCCAACUAAUAUGAGUUAUACGAUUUAUGUUAUGCUUUCUCGUGUUGCUUGCAUGGCUAAAGAAAAAAUGUACUUUCAAAACUAGGAUGUGAUUUCCCAUUUUUAGCUUUUUUACUUCAAAUAAUGCUUGAAGGAUACAAGUGGUUGUAAAUUAAAUCUGUAUCUUCAUCUUAUUGGCCAGUACAUGUACCAUACCAUUGUGAUCUCCUAAAUAACCUCAAAUAGAUUCCUGUUCAAAAGGACAGAUACCCUUCUCUUUGGAACUUUACUAUCUAAAAUAAUAGAGUUGGGUUACUGGCCAUCUCUGAGAAUUGAACUACUUCUUAAAGAGCAAGUCUCUGCUCUCAGAAAAAGUGAAGAUGAUAAUUCAAGCUAGCCUAGACUUAUUUCAAAACACCUAUGGUAAAAAAAAAAUCCUUUUCCAGAACAGGGCCUGUCAUAGGGAGCCAUGAAGUACGAAACCAGCAAACCUUUAGAAACGUAACACUGACAGAACACUUGCACAAAGAAGCCAGGUGCACAGGUUUUAGUGAUAAUAAUUUAACAUACAGACUUCAUAAACCAAUAAAUAUUACUACAUUUCAUUUUGAUAUUUGCAUACAAAUUUAAAUGUACACAUUUGUUGUAUGAAUUGUAAGUACAUAUAGUUUUAUUUUUAAUAUUGCUUGCAAUCAACAUAUUCUACAUAUGUAUGUAUGUAUAUAAAGUGUACCUUCUCUUACAGUACUCAUCUAUUUUCUGCAUGCCAUGUGUUCUGUCUAUGUUUUUGUUUCUUUGUAAUUUGUGUUCUUGCUUUUGAGUAUGUAUGCGUGUUCUUUGAGUUCGUGUUGUGGCUGAAAAGGGUCAACAGACUAGCUUGUCUGUUUGGUAAAGCAAAUAAAUUCCCUGUGGUGUA